UCAGUUUAAGUUAUAUUUACACAUACAUAGUUGUAACAUAAUUACACGAUAAUGUUUUUCCUGUGUUAUAAGUGAGUUUUUGGAGUUAAGCAAAUAAAAUUUACUUCAAAAGUGAAUUCUUCACUCAACCAAACCCCAACAAUUGAGUCGUUUUGAAUGAUUUGACGUUAAAUGUAUAUAUUUUGUUUAAUAUGAAGUUUUGAUGAAAAUAGCGAUAAAUAGCUAUCAGUAUUAUUAAAUAUAUCCAUGGAGGAUCAAUAUUUUAUACAUAAUUACUUAACGGAACUAUAAAUAUAAAAUGGCGCGAUUGUGUUCGGACCAGAUGAUACGAAACGUCAUUAAAAAAAUAACUCAGACAAACAUAAUGACGGCGUCAGCAUAUUUUUUUAUAAUUAUCUUAACAAUUGCGUAUCAAAUGACCGUGAGAUAUUUUGGCAAUUCGAUUAAAGCAGUCUCACAUUGACGUCGGAAUUAGAUAUAUUUAAUUUCGACCGGCUAUUAAAAUUUGGGUUUGAAGGGCUCGACGGGUUUUGGUAUCCAAGCAUUGUGUGAAUGUGAGAAUGGAUCUUAUGGCGGCAGAAUGACAAGAAGCUGUUUAGAAUUGGGAUUUGUUUUCGGCGAAGGGCUAGUGGAACUGUGGUAUGAUGAUGAGCAGAUAUAACGUGGCGGGCGUCCCGGCUCCCAGGGCGAUUUUGCACAGUGCGCGUCCGAUAUCGAGGCGGUAAGCACGUUUGUAUACCACAAUGGUGCAGUUCAUCACGGUAACUCAGGACAUGCGCGAGGCUGUGAUCCGUCACUUGCGGGACAGUUUCUUCGCCGAUGAACCCCUCAACAAGGCGGUUGGCUUGUGCCAACGCGGACAGCCUCAUGCUGCCCUAGAGAGGCUUUGCCUUGCCACCAUAGCCGAUGGGCUCUCCGUUGCUGCUGUUGAAAGAGAUACCAUUUUCAACAUCCUGUAUACCGUGAGCCGUGACUUGGAAUUAUUCCAGACGUUUGGUGUGGACCGUGUUCUGGAAUGUCGCAUCGUAUCCGUGUCGGAACACGCGCGUGGGCGGGGACUGGCCAAGGAGCUGAUGAAGAGGAGCAUCCAGAUAGCCAUGGACCAUGGCUUCAAGCUGUUCAAAGUGGACGCUACCGGGGCGUACUCCCAGCGUAUUUGCAGCAGCCUGGGUUUGAGGGUUCUCCAGAAGGUCCGCUACUCCGAGCACUGCGAUCAGAACGGUCCGAUCUUCAAGGUCCCACCGCCGCAUGACUCGCUAUGCAUUAUGGCGUUAGAAAUACCAUAGACAAAAUAAUGACAUCCGAUGCCAUAAACAAUAAAGAGUUUUGUUUUAAGUAACAAACAAAGAUUUACAAUUUAUUUCAUAUAGAUAUUAUUAUUCUCUUAUAUUAUAACACACGAUAUUCAACGUUAAUAGUUACUUGCACAAAUGUUUAAAAUUAUUGCCAUCAAAAAAAUAUAUAUAUUAUUGAAUUUUGAAUAAAUCUUGUCUUAUAAUGCUCUACAUCUUUUUGAAGUUUUAAUUAUUAAAGUAAGGUUUGAUUAUUAACGAUCGUGAAAUGUCCAAUGUACUCUUAAUAAAACUGUCAGACCGUGACUGUGUUUGAUAUUCAAAUUUUCUAGUUAUAUUCCUUCAUAAUAGUGUAUAUUUUAUUGAAUGUGUGUAAUGCCGCCAUCUUGAAUAUUUUUUGUGACUUAUACUCGUCGUAUGUUUACUCUCCCGCCGUUAGGGCGUGUUUACAUCGGUAACUAUUUAAGUGUUUACAUUGAUGUGUUGGAUAUACACUGUAGUGAAAUGAAUCACUAUUAGAUGUUUGAUGUAGAUUUUGUGAUUGUUGAUGUAUUCAAAUAUAUAACAAUGAAUAUUUAAAAUUUAA